AUGGCCUAUAGCGGCCGCGCCUCGUCGCCUGGCGGCCGACACAUCAAUCACUUCGCCCGCGGUUCUGAUCAGACUCUUGCGGAUCCACAUCGUUCCUCACGACACAGCACAUACACCAUACCUCGCAACACCAACAGCGGCGUCAUCCCGCUCUCGGAAGAGACCUUCAUCAAUAUCCCUGCCCCUCGUGACUCGCGACCAUCGGAACAGAUCGAUCACUACACCGGCCGACCUCGACGAUCGUCCCUGCUUGACCCGCCAUACCGCGGCUCAUCCUCCUCAGCGACCAUCGCACCAGCACAAACGACCGCGGGCCGACCGCAUGUAAUGCAAAGCCAGAUUGGCCGAUCCUCGAGCCCACCGAGAUCAUCUCGAGAAGAUAAAUACUAUGUCAUGCCCGCUGCACCUCAAGAGUAUCGUGGAGGACACCAGAAGAAGUUGUAUAGUCUGGGGAACGACGGACAAGCCCGGCUCGUGGCCGAUGUCAACGUCCCUGCGGAACGGCAUCACCGCCGCAGAGAGAGUGAUGAUCACAACUUCACAUCUCGCACAAGUGGUGCGGAUCGGGAUCGUGGAAGGCACGGAUAUUAUGCUUCCGGCAGUGCAUCAAAGCCCCGACGCAUGAGCAUUGAUGAUGAAGAAGCCUUCUCGUACACGGACCCUGCGAGCAUGUACCGCGAUACCGAGCCACGUUCCUCUCGACCACGACGAGGUAGUCUAGACCGUGCCGGUGUCAGUCGUGAGCGUCCGUUCAGCGUAAUUGACGCCGACCCGCGGCGGUCAGCCAAGGACCUUGGUCCACCACCUAGCACACGCGGCUGGGAUAAAAUCAACAGAACCACAAGGGAUGUCCCUCGCGAUGUAGGGACUUCUCCAAACCGGUCCCGUGGCUACACGGAAGGGGCGCAUGGAGAUCUUCGCGACACUUACACAAGAGCUCGGUCAAACUCUGCCGACAAGCGUGUGCCGACUCUUCAUCAGUAUGAUGGCCAUCAUUAUGAAGAUAGAGAGGAACCACGACGUUACGAGCGGAGGGAGAGCGUCUCGCGCCCUGAGCGCCCAGACCAGAGCGUCGAGCGUCGAGGUUUCGGGAUUCGCGGUGACUCGCGCAGCAACAGCCAGACUCGACCAUAUCGAAGCAGCGACGAGAGCUUCGAUCAGGCCAGAUACUCAGCGCCUGUACGCAGAGACACUGCCCCAAGUGACUCGACCGUUUACGACGAUCAUAGGCUCAGCCUUGAGAGAAAGGAUCGGGAGCAUGCCGAGCGUUUGCAGGCAGACGAAUACGAAAGGCACGUCAGCCGGGAUCGGCGCGACACAGAUGCACGCAGGCGGGAACGCGAGGUCGAUAUCGAUCGCGAACGGGAGAGAGAGCGUGCUCGGCAGUUAGAUCCACCCACGGAUCGAGGCGGGGAGCGGCCACCACGACCGCAGGAGGUCCGCGAGCGGGAUUACAACCGUAAGCAGGACAGCCCGCAGCCGGAUAACGAGGCUAGUAGCAAGCCAGGGCUUGUUCAGACAGCUGCGAGUGGUCUUGCCGCAGCUGCCGCAUCCAUGGGACUGGGCUCCAUGCUCAAUCGCAGCGACAAGCGCGACAAAGACGAUGAACGAGAGGAUCAACGCGAGAGGCGGCCCGAUCGCACUGAGAAGCGCGAAAGAGACGACGUCCGCCGUCCGGAGCAGCGCUCUUUUGAGGAGGUCCCGGGUCGCAAGAAUGCUGACCGCGACCAGUACCGGGAUCCAGACCGGGGCUUAGGAUUCGCGUUCGAAGCGCCCGUCGAGACGCAAAGGAAUGCUCCUCCCUCCAAAUCUGAUCGUGACAGGACAUCCGAUCGGCCACAUGAUCCCCCGGCUGCGCAUUCUUCCUCUCGCGAGCUGGACCGAGAGCGCGAGCCACGAAACGCGGACGCAUCUAAAUCUGCCAUCGAUGCUGAUGAAGAUUAUCGCCGGCGGAUCCAACAAGUUCAACGGGAGUUGGAGGCGGCCAGAUCCGACGAAGCGAAAGGCUCAGGGUCUGAUUCUGACCGGGCACGCCGGCGGAGAGACCGCGAACAGCGAGAACGCGAACGAGAACGUGAACGGGGCCCCGACAGUCGCCCCGGAACUGCCAGUGUGGCUUCUGCAGAUGUUCGUGUCAACAAGAUGGCUGCUCCCCAGCAGUACACCCGACGGUCUCUCGAUGAUGAACGUUCGUCAUUGAGCACGACAACAGCAGCGACAUCUGACAGCCGCGCCAAGCCGAGCAUACUCGACCGACCCAUGACUGACGAACCGGCACAAAUCAUCGACAACAGCAUGAGCGAUCGCCGCGAGAACCGUGUGCGGAUCGUCGAUCCGCCCACAGAGGAAGAAGACAAGAAGCCCAAGGGCAUCCUGAAAAAGCCGACAGAGAAAUUCCCCGAUCAUCCCAACGCGAUGCGUGAAGGCGUGACGCCGUUGAAAGACGUCACAGCAAAGGGAAUUCCACCUGGGGCCAAAUGGACCAAGAUCACCCGGGAGAUGGUGAACCCGACUGCACUCGAAGAGGCUGGCGAGCGCUUCGAGGAACGACGCGACUAUGUCGUCGUCCUCCGACCUCUGACCAAGGAACAAGUGCAAAAGCUCGCGGAUCGCACGCGAGAAAUCCGAGCGAGAGCCUACGAGGAAUCCCGCAGCUCCCAGCGCCGCGAGCGCGACCACGACCGACGCGAGCGAGACGAGUACAGCGACGAGGACAGCGCCGAUGAAUUCAAGAAGAAGACGCCCAAGAUGCUCGGCGCACCGUCGACGAGCGGGGCACCAGCGGAGGAGAGCGGACGCGAUCGCCGACGAGAGCGCGACCGCGACAGGGAUCGCGAGCGUGAGCGUGAGCGUGAUAGGGACCGGGAGAGGGACCGAGAGCGGGAGAGGGAGAGGGAGAGGGACCGCGAUUGA